UAAAAUAAAAUUACGUAGUGGAUUUCGGCGUUUUUUUACAGGAUUAAAGACAAGGAACAUAUUUACUCUAGGGAGCUUGAUUAAAGCCGUCAUCUGCCGAACGAAUAUCUAUCAAUGACUGCACGUUUCAUACAAUCGAGUGAAUCGCGUUUUUUCUUAGAGAGUUUCGCUAAGCUGCGUAGUACAACUACACUGUCCAUUUUCCAAUAAAUGCAAUUUUUGAUUUUUCCCUGUGGUGUAAUUCCCAUUACAAAAAUUAAUAAAGCCUAAACGAAUUAAAAUAUUACUCUUUUGUGAUGAGUAGUAAAUUGCAAAGAAUUUUUUUCUUCUAAUAAUUUCUGGGAAUCAUUAUUGAAUUAUGGAACAUCAACAUGAUGUUGUGGGUCUUAUAUCCAUAUUGUUGGAUUCUGAAAAAUACAAAGAAGCAUUGAGAAUUCCACUUGAGGAGAGGUACAUUCAAAGUUUCAAAGAUAAUUGCUGGGAUUUGAUAUCAAAUAUAAUCAAUAAAAUCAAUAACGAUACAAUAACACUAAAACCAUCACUAUAUGGUGCUUGUGAAGAACUGCUGUCAAUAAUAAUUGAUAAAGCAACACCUGAAGAAGCUUUACUAGAAUUCAUAGAACAAAUAGAGGUUGCUAAGAAUGAUGCUCAAUUUAGUAUCAUAUUGAAACCAUUGCAACAGUUGCUUAAAAAAUUAAUAUGUAAAAGAGGUAGGUCAUUGGAAUGGUGCUUAAAUUCAAUAAGCACUUACAUAGAGGCUAUUCCAAUCCCAGACCAUAAUUUAGAGGGGAAGGAGAGAAUCUUAAUGGAUAGUGAUGAUAAUAUCAGAAGAAUCAUAAGAGUAUACUCAUUAUUACCACCAUUUUAUAAACCAUUCAUCAACGAAAUGGCUCCAAUUGACAGUAAUAAGAAGACACCUCAAAUUAUAGCAUCAUUUCUUAUAAGCCUUCUUGGCAAACCAUUAAUAUACAUAGAUCUAGAUCCUGGGUCAAAUUCUAAUGGAGAAGCUCGUCUUUGUUGUUCUACUAUUCUUAGUGAUAUAUGUUUGCUUGUAAAAAACAUACUGAAACUUUUACCAUAUUUAGAAGAUUGUUAUACAGAAGUUAAAAAUAACACAACAAGGAAAACAAACAUAGAUGAUGAUGUUGACUUAAAACCAUUUGAUCACACAGAGAAAAUAAACAUAACUACACUCUCGGGAUUAUUUUAUGGAAUAUUUUCAACUCACUUUGAAGUACCUGACUUGGCAAUUCCCCAAGUUUAUUCUUCUCAAUAUAUAGUUCACUCAGUCUUGCCGGCAGUGAUUCAUCUCCUUCAAUUUAUAGAUUGUGGUCCACAAGCAAAAGGCAUAUUUUUGUGUGAGAAUCUACUUACAUAUUAUCCCAAUAAUAUGUCACAUUCAAUACUAUCAAUUCCGGUUCAUUAUGAUUUAUGCAAGAUACUAAUUAAUGUUUCAAUAUACUCUUAUUAUGAAACUUUACGUAAACAGGCUGUUAAGUUGAUCAAAGCUCACAUUAGUAAAUUUAACUACAAGGGCAGAAAUAUGUUAAUAAAGUAUAUAAUAGACAAUGCAAAUCAUUCUGGUAUGAUUGGUUAUGCUAUAACAUUAUAUAAAAACUCAUUAGAUGAAGCAUUUCAAAAUAAAUGCCUACCAGAUUGUUUCACUGGUACACAUUUUAAUAGCAUGCUAAAGAAGUUUUGCCAUCUUCCACAUGGAGAAGAAUCAGACUUGAUGGAAUUGGCUGAUCAGAUCAUUACAACACUGAACUUCUUAAGAUAUAUUACAUUAAAAGAUACUAAUAAUGUCACUGGAAUAAGGGAAUGUUUUUCUUCAAUUCAAAAUGAUUUCCUAGAAAAGCUUCGAAUGGGACUCAACAUGUCUAAAGCUCAUUAUGAGGCAAAAUUAAAAGAAAUAGAAAAUAAACAUGGAUCCAAAAAACAAACUAAUGUAGCAAUUAGUAUAGGAGGAAAUGUGCUUGAUAAAAUACCAAAGCAAAAUAAGAAAGCUAUAAUAAAUUCUGCACUUAAUGCUUUUCAUCUAAUUGAAGGCCUUAUAGGUCGAUUAAGUGAAUGUAUCACAAUUAAUAAAUCACUGUUAAAGAAUUAAUAUCUAAUGCAUUUAAAUUUAUCAUUUAAUUUUGUAAUAAAUAUGUAUUUCAAUU